AUGGCCGGAGGAAAGCCUUCCUCCCAGCCAGCACCGCCCAGGCUUUCAGGAGGCGCUUUUCUUUUCCUAGGCCCCGGGGCUCGGGCAGGCCCUUUGCACUCGCUACCAGACUCCACCCAGACUUUCCCGCCCCCGCGCCUUGGAAAUUCCGAUAUCUGGCUAGACCUGCUUCGGCCAGGAACUCUAAAACGUACUGAUAGGACGACUCGGCCGCCAGUCAGACCCGCCAAAUACCCGGAUGUGAAUCUGUGCGCCAUACAAAGGCGAAAUUUCCACCCGGCUCUUCGUCUGGUGCAGUGGCCAAUAACCAUCCGUCAGACGUUGAAUGACAAGAAAGAACGUUCCCGGGAGCGGGGCGGGACCUGGGCCUUCGCCUCGGCGGCAGAGAAGGCUCGGGGGCCAUUUUGUGAAGACGCGGAGUCGGAACGGACGUGGUCUCUGCCUCCUGCAGUUUCGGCAUUUCUGCGUAGACCCCGGGAGAAGGAGCCGUCCCUGUCGUCUCCUCUCUUGGUUUCAAAUCAUUUGAAAUAUAUGUUAGUAGGACUUUGCUUGAGUGAGAUUUUUUUGAUCUUCAGCUACAAAAGCCAUCUUCCUCCUGUUUCCCUUGAAUUCCCUUCCUGCUUUUCCUGUACACUACCCCCCACAAACCACAAGCCGCAGCAACAUGGAUGCCCAGCCUGGAGCAGCAUCAGCCAGGAUGACCUGGAGCCGGGGGGGCCUUCGGAACACCCUUCCUGGGUGAUGGUAAGAGGUGUGAGGUUUCCUUGAAAAGACUAGGAAAUAGAU